AAUUGACGUGAUAUCGUAGUCUGAAACUUUUUGAAAUUUACCUGAAAAAUAUAGACUGACACUGAUGUACAAUUUUUCCAUAAUAGAAACAGUCAUAUAUAACAAAACGUUGUGAUCGACAAAUCGUAUCAUUUUUGUAAAGAAAAAUCCAUCAUUUUCUAGUGGAGUUCACCACUCAGAGUGAAUGAGUGUAGUGCAAUGUUGAGAAUCGACUGAAGUUAGUGCUUUGGACUGUGAGAGGCCAAACUGGCGAUCUAAACCUCAAAGAAACAAAAUGAUUCGUGAAUCAUUCAUGACUGAACACUGUUCUCGAGGUUCAUACUAGGACAAAAGUCAAAUCUACUGAUCUUGAAUCUCCUACAGUUGUUACCCGAACCCUGUCUUUGACCAAACAUUAUGAGUUGAACAAUCUCUACAUAUAUCUAGCAAGUAUUCGCUGGGUAGUGAAAGCUGUUCAGUAUACAUUACGAAGCUCUAAUAAACUUCAUUUCAGCAAUUCACUCGAUGUAUUCCGCAAAAUGGAAUCAGGAUUCACCGUACGAAACCGAAAUUUAAAUAUUGCAACAAGUGAACCUGGUCAACAAAGUACUUAAAUAACACAUGAGAUAUGUUUGUUGAUUCUCUCAAAGGUUAAUGAUAUAGUGGAAAGUUAACAUACGAUGAAAAAAAUUCCGUCAAUCUUAAUUAUAUUCUGAGCUAACAUAUACAGAUGGCGCAAUUAGACCGGCUUUAGUUUUUAGAUUUUAAAUAGAAAUAGCCAAAUAACCAACUAUUUUUCAAUAUACUGAUUAUGACCAACAUAUAUCAGACGAUAUGUUGUUAUUUUGAUGACUGCUCAAUCCAAACACAUGUUAUCGUUGUGAGAAAUUGCUUCGUCUAUAGACCACCGUUUCCGUACGCCACGUUGUCAGUGUAUAACAUCAAACCAUCCGCAAUGUUAUGUAAAUAUCUCACCCUAUACGCAUAACAGCUUCUUAACUGAACGUUUGUUCAAAUUCCACUUUACACUACAGACAAAUAUUUCAAAUGAAUUUAAAGUUGAAUCACCUCACAAUGAUGAUCACAAAUACGACCGUUGUUCUUUUAAUAUUCACAACUCUACUGCUAAAUACUCACAACGCUAUGGAGGGAAAAUUGUCAAAGAAAACCUUCAUAAAUCGAAGUCGAUCAGUCAACAAAACCCUUUUCAACUUCACUGAUACUAAAAACAAAACUGUAUUUGAUAAUUGGAUAGAGUAUUCAGAUAAAGUUCAACGAUCUAAAGCCACGCUCGUACCACUUUAUGGCCAGAUUUACCAAUCAGCCAUAUUCUUCUAUCUACUCAACUCACGACCAAAUGGAUCGAGUUUCGCUGGCGUCAAGAGGAUAAACUAUAUUUCGGUUUUGCCAGAAUAUGACGGUGUAGUAAUUGAUCUUCAUAGACAAGGUCUGAAUACUUCUUUCAAACUGAUCUUCUAUGGAAACUGUGUGGAUGUACAAAAUUGUGUAUUAUGCGAGUCAAAUUUUGAGACAUCUGGCGUACGACAACGAAUAGAACUACCAUUUAGCGAAUUUACGCAACACAAUCAAGGAAGACAGAUAUCUAAUCGAUUGCCGUCAAGUUUAAACCAAGUAUCUCAAAUCGGAAUACAAGCAUAUACAAAUAGAUAUGAGACUAAACAGCAAAAUGGUGUAGGUUCCAUCGAAAUAUUCACUAUUUCAACAUAUAAAGAAGCUGGAAAGUCAGUUUCAAUAAACCGAACUUAUAUGGAAUUUCAACCACUUGAUAUGUAGCACUUAUUAAUAGUAUGAUAAUUUUCAUUUAGAUUAAAUGAUUUUGUCAAUAAAUAUCACAUAUCCACCAAUG